AUGACAGAAAAGAUCGUGCUGCCCACCGAGGGCGCCCACGGCGAGCGCGACGGCACCGCAACGGCAACCUGCUACUGCGGUGCGGUACAAAUCGAAGUGCCUACCGAGGGCGAGGGGCUGGUCGACGCCUUCAUCUGCCACUGCACCGACUGCCGCAAGAUCACGGCGAGGCAAGCACUCACCCAAUGCCGUGUCACUCUCCCAACCUAAUCACGUUACGCAGCAUGUUUGCCUCCAACUUCAUAGUCAAAGACACGCACCUCAAGCACCUGCGCGGCCAAGACAAACUAACGCGCUUCCGCCAAAACAGCACCACGGCGACAGGCAACUACAUGGAGAACUCGUUCUGCAGCGUCUGCGGCACGCUGCUGUACCGCCGCAGCUCCGGGUACCCGGGCAUGAGCAUCCCGCGCAUAGGCACGAUUGACGACUUCGCGCUGCAGGAGACCAAGUUCAAGCCGCGCAUUGAGACGUUUGAGAAGGAUCGCUGUGCGUGGUUGGCGCCGGCGCGUGUGGACGAGCAUGUGGAUGGUGCCUACUACACGGGUGGCAAGGGAUGGAAGAGCAAGCACGAUGGGGUCGGUGGGAAGGGGGAGUGA